AUUACUCUGUCUUUCGUUGUAUGCCAACAGUGUCAAUACAAAGCAUCGCAACACCAAACUGAACGUAAAAUGGAGCAUUUUUACAAGUUCUUAAUUGUCCUAUCGACGCUGUAUCUCGUUACUGAAUCAUUGGCUGAUGACAAUGUUGAAGCGAUGAAAAAGGCUUUGUUCGAUGUGUGCUCCAAUAAGUAUCCGAUAAGCGACGCUAUUAAAAAUGACGCAAAAAAAGGAAUAUUGUCUGAAGAUCGAAAUUUCAAAUGUUUCAUGAUGUGUAGCUUGGAUGAACUAUCAUUAAUUAAUCCAGAAACAGCUGAAAUUGAUGGAGAAACAAUGAUAUCUAUGAUGCCAAAUGAAGAAGUACAAAAACAUAUAAAACCAAUCAUCGAUCAAUGUUUACCAAAUAUAGCUGGAAAACCUGAUGCUUGUGAAGUGGCAUAUAACUUUGUUAAAUGUGGUUUAACAAUCAACCCAAGUGCGACAAUGAUUUUGCCGUUUUAAUCGAUUUUCGGAAGUGAAAAAUAUUCAAUAUAUUUCAUUAGUUUUAUUGUGUAUAAACAUAAUUGUUACAAAAUCUAUACUUGACUUCACAUAAAAAAAAAUUGUUGUAUCAAAUUUUUCACAGGGUCAUAAACGAAAAUUGUGUUUUUAACAGUACCGCUUACUGAUUAAAUAAAUAGUUUA